UACACCAUUGGCUCUCCUGGGUCUCCAGCUUGGCAACUGCAGGUCUUGGGACUUGUCAGCUUCCACAAUGAUGUAGUCCUGGUUUCCAGCUUUGUGUCCUCCUUGGCAAGCUCUCCUGUCCUGAAAUCGCAGAGGGACCAUAUGACCUCCAGUCUGAACUGCUAUUCCCUGUCCCUCUGUGGUCCUUUGCCAGGAGAAGGCCCCACCAUGAGGUCAGGGGAGACCCUGAGCAGAGAGGUCUCCCCACACCAGGUCAAGCAAGGAAAGAGCUCAGCCGGAAGGGGCUGGAUUUAUUCUUGCCUCUCUCCAGCCACUCCUGCAGCUCCUGGCUUCCUGGCAAGCCUCUCCACCAGCGCCCUCACAGGGCUUGGACACUUCACAGCUGCUGGGAGAAAGAAUGGAAUGGACCCGAGGACAUCCAGGCAGGCCCAGGCCCUACCUGCUGGCAACUUGGGUAUGUUUUGGCAGAUGAGACCACAGGCCCUGGCCAUGCUGUACUGCCACCUGUGCCCUGGCUGCACCAUGUGGCAUGAUUUCGGCAGCCGGGUGAGGCCCCGAUGCUGGAAUUCUACAGCCGUGAUGACCCUCCCCAAUGCUGCCUGGCUGCAAGAGUUGCUGAGCAGCUUGCAGCAGGUGAACUUGCCAGUGUGGCACAAGCCUAGGAGACCUCCUGACAUGGGGCCCACCUGCGCCAACACGCCCCCACCCCACCCCCAGUACCACAACGCCCUCAUACCUUCCUGGGGAAGCAGGGCCUGGUGCCACACCCCCCAGCCCAACUCUGAUGGGGCUCCAGUCACCCAAUGGACAGGGCAUACAGACAAGAUGGUGGAGGCGUUGAGACCUGCUUGAUUUAUUCCGAGUAUUUAACACACAAUGACGCAACUGUGA